AUGGCAACAGACCAAGUAUUUGUAAAAGAAAUCUCAGCUACUGCAAUAACCGGUAAAGAUGCAUGGAAUAGACCAACUCCACAACCAAUUAAUAUCUCAAUAUCCGUGUUAACUGAUUUUCACAAAGCUUCAGUAACUGAUAAAUUGAAAUAUAGUGUUAAUUAUGCAGUUUUAACUAGAAACAUCUCGGAUUUUAUGAAAUCAAAUGAGCAUAAAAAUUUCAAAUCUUUAGGUAAUAUUGCAGAAUCAGUAAGUUCAAUUGUAUUAAAUGAGACUAAAAAUUCAGGAAAAAUAGCCAACAUCAAAGUCAAUAGUCCCAAAUCGGAGAUCAGAGCAGACAGUGUUGAAUAUGAAGUGAUACGAAGUAAUGAUGAAAGUUUACCAAUACUGGAUAUUUAUAGAGUCAAAAAGCUAAGAUUAUUAACCAUUAUUGGAGUUUUCACCUUUGAAAGAUAUCAAAAACAAAUAGUUGACAUUGAUCUAGAAUUCAAGAUCAUAAAAGACGACCCAAAAUUAGAUUUUCACAAGAUUGUUUCGAAUAUUGUAAAUUAUGUCGAAAAUUCAAAUUUUAAAACUGUUGAAGCAUUAGUGUUCAAGAUAGGUCAAUUGAUUUUUCAAAAAUAUGGAAAAUUUGGGAUUGAAUCUGCUGAUGUUAAAGCUACGAAACCUAAUGCAUUUAGUCAUGUUGAUGGGGUUGGGGUAAGUUCAUUAGUUACUAAACAAAAUUUUAAAGAUGCUCCUGAUUUGGAAUUGUCUCAUCCUAAAGAAAUGCCGAAUGGAUUUGAUUUACCAGUUGAAAGUUCAACAACUGACGACUUUAAGGGUGAUCAUGAAGCAUUUAUUGCAUUUGGGUCAAAUGUUGGUAAUCAAAUACAAAAUCUUAAUAAAUCAUUGGUUUUACUAAAACAACACGAUAUUUCUGUUGAAGCAACUUCUUCAUUAUAUGUGUCCAAACCAAUGUAUUUUCUUGAUCAGCCAGAUUUUUUGAAUGGAGUAAUUAAAGUAACUUUCAAAAAUCAUUCACCACAAGAUUUACUAAAAAUUCUAAAAGAUAUAGAGUAUAGUCAUCUACAACGUGAGAAAGAAAUUGAAAAUGGUCCAAGAUCAAUUGACUUGGAUAUUUUAUUAUAUGAUAACGUACAAUUAAACACUCCAGAUUUAAUCAUACCGCACAAAUCAAUGCUUGAAAGAACAUUUGUACUACAACCAUUAUGUGAAUUAUUACCGCCAGACCAAAUCCAUCCUAUUAGCGCAGAGCCAUUUCAUGAACAUUUAAAACAACUACUAUUAAACGAGCAAGAUUCAGAUUUACAAAAAGAUUCAAAAUUACUACAGAUUAAUCCAAUACCUAGAUUAUCAACCAAAGAAAAUAUUUUAAAAUUUGAUCAAAUAAAUUACCAAUCACCGACUCUAAUCAUGGGAAUAUUGAACAUGACACCUGAUUCGUUUAGUGAUGCUGGAAAGUAUUACAAUAGUGAAUUGGAAAAAGUGGUGGUUGAAGUUGAGAGAUUGAUUAAUGAAGGUGCUCAAAUUAUUGAUAUUGGAGGUGUAUCGACAAGACCCGGAAGUAUUGAACCACCUGAGGAUGAAGAAAUUGCAAGAGUAUUACCAUUAGUUGAAAAAAUUAGAAGUUCUUCAAAUCCAAAAGUUGCCAACGUUUUAAUAUCCAUAGAUACUUAUAGGUCAGAAGUUGCCAGAAGAUGUUUGUUAGCUGGUGCAGAUAUUAUAAAUGAUAUAUCAAUGGGCAAAUAUGAUGACAAAAUUUUUAAAGUUGUUGCAGAAUUUGGAUGUCCUUAUAUUAUGAAUCAUACAAGAGGUACACCAAAAACAAUGUCUUCAUUAACAAAAUACGAACCGAAUAAAAAUGAUGAUCUUAUUGAAUUUUCAAUUGAUCCAAAAACGGGACAAGAAGAAAUAAAUUUAAAACCUGAGCUAACAAAUUUGUUAAAUGGCGUAUCAAGAGAGUUAUCCUUGCAAAUUUUAAAAGCAUUUGCUAGUGGUGUUAAGAAAUGGCAAAUUAUAUUAGAUCCAGGUGUAGGAUUUGCUAAAAAUUUAGAACAAAAUUUGGGAUUGAUUCGUAAUGCAUCAUUCUUCAAGAAAUAUUCGAUUCAAAUAAAUGAGCCAAUAGAGAACUCAUCAAUUUUACAAAACAAACAUUCAUAUUUAAGCUUUAACGGAAUGAGUGUUUUGGUAGGUACUUCAAGAAAGAAAUUCUUAGGUACACUCAUUGGUCAGACUGAAAAUUUACCAGCUGAAAGAAUUUUGGCUACUGCUGCUACUACUACUGCUUGUAUUGAACAACAUACUGAUAUUUUAAGAGUUCAUGACGUUAAAGAAGCAAAUGAUGUUGUGAAAGUAAGUGAUGCUAUAUACAAAAACAUUAUAUAG